GGGAGACGGCAGACAUCAGGGCUCUAACUAACUUUCAUCAGGGACAACGUACGGACGUUACAGCUGUUUACAUCUAUUAUUUGAGGAAUCUCUUAGCCUUGUGGAUUAUUUUUCAAGAUAUUUGGACUAACUUUAAAAUAAUGGCACUCAGGCAAGACUCAGAUAGAGAAGCAAGCAUUGAGCUCUUCAUAAAGGCCGGCCACGAUGGUGAGAACGUGGGGAAUUGUCCAUUUUGCCAGAGACUCUUCAUGGUUCUUUGGCUGAAAGGAGUCAAGUUCACAGUAACCACAGUUGAUAUGAGGAAGAAGCCAGAGGAGCUGAAGGAUUUAGCUCCAGGUACCAAUCCCCCUUUUCUCCUGUACAAUGGCACACUGAAGACUGACUUUAUUAAGAUUGAAGAGUUCCUGGAGGCAACCCUCGCCCCUCCCCGCUAUCCUCAUCUCAGCCCUCGCUACAAAGAGUCAUUUGAUGUUGGCGCUGACAUUUUUGCCAAGUUCUCUGCAUUCAUCAAGAACAGUUCAAACAAUGCUUUCCAUGAAAAAUCUUUACUGAGAGAGUUUAAGCGACUGGAUGAUUAUCUGAACACACCUCUUCAGGAUGAACUGGAUCAGAACAUCUCCGUUUCCAAAAGAAAGUUCCUCGAUGGAAACCGCUUGACGUUGGCAGACUGUAAUCUGUUACCAAAGCUACAUGUCAUCAAGGUUGCAGCUAAAAAGUAUCGUAACUUUGAUAUUCCUGCUCAGUUCACUGGAGUCUGGCGUUAUCUGCAGAGCGCAUAUGAGAGAGAGGAGUUCAGUCAAACCUGCCCAGCUGACAUUGAAAUUGAGAAAACAUAUCUGACUGUGGCCAAGAGGACGUGAACUUCCAAACAGAAUAUUUAAAACACACACUUUUAACUACAUUUAAACAAACAUGAAUCCCAGAUUCAUCUUAUGGGCUUUGGAGGAGGCCAUAUAAAAAUAUUUAAAUAUUGUAAAUAGUUUGUAUAUGGACAAGUGUAUAGUCAUUUGCAUAUAGAUGAAAGAAACGGAAAGAUUAAAAAAACAUUACAAUAAAAUGCAAUAUUCAAACAGGACUAGUUUUUUAAAAAGAUUUUUGAGUUGCCGUUUUAAAUCUGGGGGUUUCAGACAGGUGGUCAUGAAGUCAUUUCUUGAUUUUUUUAUUUUAUUUAUUUAAAGCUACUUUUAAUUUACAAAUUUAACAUGAUCUUGUAGAACUGGAAACUUACAAUCUUUCUAACAUUGUAAAUAGAGAAACAAACCUGAAGCUGAUAAUAAUACAGGGACCAAUCUUAGCAGUUUACGUGAUUUUGCUGCUGAUUUUAUUUUUUAUGCAUUCAUGCAGGAGACAGCCAAGAGACGAACAGGGUUAAAAUCACCAAGUAUUUCUGUGAUAAACAUAUUUCUCUAACCUCUUUGGGAUAACUAGUCCUGUCUAAAUAGAGCUAAUGAUAUCAUACAGUUUAGCAAUGCCUAUGAUCCCAAAACCCAUUAGACAAAAUAUAGACUACUUUUGAUUGACAGCUACUGUUCCUUUAAGUGUUUAAAGCUUUUUGGGUUAUUUUGCCUAUUCACCUAUUUGUAUUUUUAAUGGCGUAUCAUGUUUUGUGCAUAAUGUAAAUAUGUAUUUUAUAUCCAUAGGGUAUCCAUUCGGUUAUCUGUAAUGCAUAUCUAAAAAUAUGUAUGUUGAUCAGUGCAGUGGAUAAGUCACACAUACAGAUUUCCACAUUAAUGGUUGUUUCAUUUAAAGGGUUAUAGUGUAAUACGGAUGCAAAAUUGCAAAAGCUCACCAUUUAUUAAAGUAUAUGGUUGUUUAAGAAAGAGAUUACACUGCUUUCUUUCAAAUUUUAAAUAAAAUUGAUAUACUGCUACUAUA